AUUUAUAAACAGCUGAUCCGCGAACAGACAUAGUCCCGGCGCGUAAAGCCGAAUCAAUGUCCGAUGACAAAAAGAUCGCGCGCAAGUUGGCAGAUGCCAGACGUCUAGAAAUAGAUUGUAGUGUUUACCGCGGCAGUUAGAUUUUUGUGUUUUCGCGCAUUCGAACCGUAAAAAGCCUUUGGAUACAACAGGUAGUGCCGCCGAAUGUUCUAACGCUUUGAAUGCUGCAAAAUCAUAACCGCAGAAACAUGACAAAAACUACCGAAGAAGCCGGAUACGAUCUCGUCCAGGCUUUACUCAAGUUUCAUGAUGGCACUCAUGGUGCACGAGAACGCAUGGUUCAUAAACCUGGUUGGAAAAUGCUUUUUAUGAUGCUGAAAUAUUUAAACUGCUAUCCGGAAUUAAAUUCAAUGCCGUAUCAGUUGACACCAAUUGUACUGCACGUGCCACCCGAAUAUCGUCAAAUCAUCCUGAAGAAUCCUAUGACCAUUAGAAGACGUUAUGUAGAAUUAUUGCCUAUCAAAUAUGGUUAUCGAGAAUUUUGGAAGACUCAUAUAAACCGUUCGAGGGCGUUGCCUUAUCAAUAUUUAUUGUGGGAAGGUGGUUUCGUACUGAUUGUAUUUUGUUUUUACGCAAUUGGCGAUAAUGUCAUACGUGUAGUGAAUAUCACAAUACAUUUUUCAAAGAAUGACGUACAGCCCGAGCCUUUGUGCUAUCAAGAUAAGCUUAUGCUGGAAGAGUGUUACCCAUUAGAUACAUUCAAUCCCGGAUUUGCGUUACCCAAACCAGUAUCAAUCAACACAAACAGGUGGACAAUUUUGCGGGAGUUGAAAGAAUCUAGUGACAAAAAAGGCAACGAACUAUUCUUGCUAUCGCUAUCGCCUCUAAUGGACGAAUUAUCUGAUCAAAUUCUAACGGAUACAAGACGCAAAAUGUUACAACUAUUGGAAGAUGCUAUGAGCUGGAGAACAAAUUUUGAUCAUUAGAAUGCCGCUCCAAUCGUGUACUGUAAUUAAAUUUAAAAAUGUACAUGAAAACAUAUUUAUUAGUUUUUUCACUUAUUUGUAAUUAUAUUAGGUACCCAUAUACUACUUAUACCAUUAGUACCUACUACCUAUGACUAUAAGUUUUUAUUUAUAUUUAUAAAAUGUUCCCAUUAUAUUUGAUUGCUUAUU